AGUGAGAGACAUGGACAACUCUGUCACCCUGUGGCAGUUCCUCCUCCAGCUCCUGUUGGAUCCCAGUAAUGACCAGCUCAUAUGCUGGACCAACGAGGAGGGCGAGUUCAAGCUGCUCCAGGCCGAGGAGGUGGCCCGGCUGUGGGGAGCCCGCAAGAACAAGCCCAACAUGAACUACGACAAGCUCAGCCGGGCUCUCAGAUACUACUACGACAAGAACAUCAUAAAGAAGGUGAACGGUCAGAAGUUUGUCUACCGCUUUGUGUCCUACCCCGACAUCCUGAAAGGAGAUGUUUCUGUCCGAUCAGAGGGUGGAGAUGUGGAGGGCCUCACAUCUACGUUAAAGCGGGCGGACGGUCCUUCUCAGGAGGGGGAGUCCACUGACCGGGCCAAGCAGGGGGCAGGCACGGCGGCGGGGGCCACCAAGCAGUCCAGCCGUAAUGACUACAUCCACUCGGGCCUGUACACCUCCUUCCACCUCAACUCUCUGCAAAACGGAUGCCAGCUUUUCAAGUCCAUCAAAAUGGAGAACCCGGCGGAAAAGAUGGCCGACAAGAGGGGCGCCACGGCGAGCCAAGAGGCGGUGCCACCGCCCCCCCCCCAGGCAGCCGCCCUGCCCUCAGUCAUCAAGUUUGGAAACUCUCCCCCCAAGCCCGCACCCCCUCCUCCAGUCCUCCUGGAGCCGGCCCUCCUCCCCGCCCACCUGGACCCGCUCCAGGCUGCCCCCCACAGGCCCGAAGACGCCAGCACGCACGCGCCCCUCCCGCCCCCCUCCCUCUACCCGUUCCAGCACACGCGCCCGUCAGAAGCCGCCUUCGGCCUGCCGGGGCUGACCUCGGCCAGCCCCGCCCCCAGCCUCCUGACCGACUCCUCUCAGGAGCUGGGGAUGGACAGCGGCCUGGGGCUGAGGUCCUCCCACCCUGCCGACAGCCAAGCACCGGACACCGUCCAUCAGGUGGACAGUGACAUCGGCCUGUCCGGAGAUGAGAGUUUGGUGGACGCCGAGACCAGUUCGUCCUCAGUGAGUAGCAGCACCACCGUCAGCAACCAGGUCUCCGGCAAGACCCGCAAGCCCCCCAAGAUCCUGCAGAUCAGCCCGCCCACCCUGCUGGUGACCGCCUCCGACUUCUCCCCCAUGAACAUCUGCAGCCCCUCGCUGCCCACCGCCUCGCUCACUCCGGCCAUGCUGCAGACUCCAACCCUCCUGCUGACCCCCAGCCCUCUGCUGUCCAACAUCCACUUCUGGAGCACGCUCAGUCCGGUGGCCCCCCUCAGCCCGGCCACGCGGCGCCAGGGCGGUCACCUGUUCCAGUUCCAGAUCCCGGUGCACAGCCUGGACGGGACCAACACGCCCGGGCCCAUCUCCCCUGACCCUCAGAAGACAUAG